CUCUCUAAGUUCUUCUCAAGAACUUCAGAAAGAAGAAAAAAAACAGAAUUAAGAAAGAAAAAAAAAACAGAGUCUCUCUCUCUCUCUCUCUCUCUCUCUGAGAUAAUCAAUGGCAAAAUCCAAGAACAAUGCAAAGAAGUUAUCAUUCAUAUCAGUUCCUUCACAAAUCAUAAACUCAAUAUCAUCUUCUUCACUUCAAUCUCUCCUUGAGUCUCCAAAGAAAUCUUCAAGAACUUCCAUUUUCACCAGAAAAUCAACAUUAUUGUGGUUUCUUACUCUUUUUCUUGUUGGUUUCUUUGGUAUGUUCAAGUAUGGUUUCAACUUUGACACCCCAUUUCCUCAAAAACUAUGUUCAACAACUCACCAAAAGUUCUCACUGUCAAAUCAUCAUUCAAUAUCCAAUCUUGGUGUUAAUCUUCUCUUGCAGAAAGAAAGAAAAACUUUGAAAAAUGACCAUAAAGACGAGUUUUCGAAACAUGAAAAAGAACAAGUUUUUGUUUCUCAUGUUGAACUUGGAGCAAAAGGGUCUAUUGGAUUUGAGAAAAAGAGUGAUUUUUGGAAGCAACCAAAUGGUUUAGGAUAUAAACCAUGUUUGAGUUUCAGCAGAGAUUAUAGGAAACAAAAUGAAGAAAUUUUGAAGGAUAGAAAAAAGUAUCUUAUGGUUGUUGUUUCUGGAGGAAUGAAUCAACAGAGGAAUCAAAUUGUUGAUGCUGUUGUUAUUGCAAGGAUUCUUGGAGCUGCUUUGGUUGUUCCUGUUUUACAAGUCAAUGUUAUUUGGGGUGAUGAAAGUGAAUUUGGUGACAUAUUUGAUUUAAAACAUUUCAAGAAAAUUCUUGAAAAUGAUGUGAGAGUGGUAUCAGCAUUGCCAUCAACACACAUAAUGACAAGGCCAGUUGAAGGAAGGCCUCCUCUACAUGCUACUCCUAGUUGGAUCCGUACAAGAUAUCUAAAAAGACUCAAUAGAGAAGGUGUUUUGCUUUUACGCGGCUUGGAUUCAAGGCUUUCGAAGGAUCUUCCUUCUGAUCUUCAGAAGCUUCGAUGCAAGGUUGCUUUUAAUGCAUUAAAGUUUGCUAAACCAAUUGAGGAACUUGGCAACAAGAUUGCAGAGAGAAUGAAAAGCAAAGGACCUUACCUUGCUCUUCAUUUAAGAAUGGAGAAAGAUGUAUGGGUGAGGACUGGUUGUCUCCCUGGUCUAAGUUCUGAGUUUGAUGAUAUUAUCAAUAAUGAGAGGAUACAAAGACCCGAACUCUUGACUGCAAAAUCAAACAUGACUUACCAUCAAAGAAAAAUGGCCGGUCUUUGUCCUUUAAAUGCUAUCGAGGUUACCAGGCUACUAAAAGCUCUAGGAGCUCCAAAUGAUGCAAAAAUUUAUUGGGCUGGAGGGAAACCAUUGGGUGGAAAAGAAACUUUGUUACCAUUAAUCAAAGAGUUCCCUCAUUUUUACAAUAAGGAAGAUCUUGCUUUGCCAGGAGAGUUACAACCAUUUGUUAAGAAGGCUUCUCUAAUGGCUGCUAUAGAUUACAUAGUCUCUGAGAAAAGUGAUGUUUUCAUGCCUUCUCAUGGAGGAAAUAUGGGACGCGCAAUUCAGGGUCACAGGGCAUUUAUAGGACACAAGAAAUAUAUAACUCCAAACAAGAGACACAUGCUUCCUUAUUUUCAAAAUUCUUCACUCUCUGAAGAAGAAUUCAGCAGGAUUAUCAAAAAACUGCACAAGGACUCAUUGGGACAGCCAGGGCUUAGAACCCACAAAAAUGGGAGAGAUGUUACAAAGUAUCCUAUCCCUGAGUGCAUGUGCAAUGCAAUGCCUCACAUACUCAAUUCUGAUUUACACAUUAAGACAAAAGCUUCUGAUACAUAAAGGUUACCCUGCAAUUCAACAUGGAAUUGAGUGCUAUUUUGGAUGGUUGUUGCAUUUUUUUUAUCCUUUGGAACCACCUCAAGUUCCUUUCAGGAAAACUACGAGAGUUCAUAGUACCUAUGUAGCAUCGACACUUCUAAUUGAAGGCAUGUCCGGUGUCUGAGAUCGACAUGACACCGGUAAAUUUGAUUACACUUAAUCACUUUUAUUUUCUCAAAUUGUUACCGGUGUCAUGUUUGGUGUCCGUAUCUUUGUCAAUGCUUCAUAUUAUCGCCAUUCUUUUAUACAUAAUUAGAUAUGGCAAUGUAGGUUUGAUAUUAAUAUGGCAAUGUAGUGUAUACAACAGAUCAUUUUUUUUUAUACAAAGUAAUUGUAUAGGAUACAUGUUCUCUUUUUUAUUUUCUGUGUAAUUCUUGUUACUACAUGAUUAUGAAUACUUGUGAAUAUUUCUAUUUGUAUAAAUUACAAUUUUUGGAUUAUAUAGAAAGUUACCUUGUCCCACUUCACUUACCAA